AAAGCUUUUCUAUACCCAUGGCUUCUACUUCGAAAUUAAGCAUCAAAUGCCAAACUAAAUCCAUUAGCUUACCUUGCAGAUCACAUCCGAUCAGUUUCGGGAUUGAAGAACUGCUCAACAAGAUCAAAACAACGGCAGUAGAAGCAGCAUCUGCGGACACAAUCUGCAGUGAGUUAUCCCAGCUGUCAAGAUUGUACAAAUGCAUGGAUGAUCUCCUAACUUCAUCAACCACCCAGGUUUUGAUGUCUCGUGAACAAAACAAGAAUUGGGUCGAUGAGUUAGUAGACGAAUCGGUGAGAUUCUUGGAUAUUUGUGGAAGCAUAAGUGAUAUGUUGUCAGAAAUCAAAGGGCAUAAUAGAGAACUUCUUUCUGCUUUACGGAGGAGAAAGGGGGAGAUGAGCUUUGAAAACUGCAUGGAGAAAUACAAUUGCUUCAGAAAGAAAAUGAAAAAAGAUGUUAAAAUGUUGAUUGGAAGUUUGAAGCAAGUUGAUAACAUGAUCAACGGUGGUGGUGGUGGUUCAGUGGUGGUUGAUUCAGAUAACCACCAGCUCGUGGCAGUGAUCAGGACAGUAAUAGGAGUUUCCGAAGUGACCAUUUUGGUUUUUGAAUCUUUGUUGAUGUUCUUCUGUGUACCAGUUUCCAAAACACACAGAUGGUCACUUGUGGUGUCAAAGUUCUUGCACAAAGGGAUUGUGGCAUGUGAAGAUCAACAAGAAAAUGGGAUCGGGAAUGAAUUCGAAAGAAUGGAUGCUGCGUUGACAAGAUUAUGUAAAUACGGAGUUUCGAGUGAAAUGAGGAAUGUGCAGAUUGCGCAAUGUAGGUUGGAUAGAUUAGGAGCUCAGAUUGAAUGCAUGGAGGGUGGAUUAGAUAGCAUUUUUAGGUGUUUGGUUCGGACCAGAGUUUCACUUCUUAAUAUCAUAUCCCAGUAACAAUCAAGUCAUCUGUUUAUAAGUUGCUUAAUGGUCUUGCAUAAGCAUCAAAACUUUAGCUGAUGUGCUUUGGACACUUUUCUCAAAAACACAUGUACAAUGUUGACCAGAAUUUGUUUAUGCAAGUAUAGAUGUAUAGAA